AUGAACGUUUGCGUGGUGGUUUCGAAAUGUCUUAUUGUAUUGCUAACGGUUGGCUACUGUAGUGCUGGUAAGUAAAUUUUCGAUUUUGUUGUAGUAUUAUAUUGUGGUAGGUUGAUUAGUAUAUUGUAGUAGGUUGUUUAUUAUUUUGUACUUGAUUGAUCAUUAUAUAGUAGAUUGUUUACUAAAUCGUAGUAUAUUGUUUAUUAGCGUCUAUUUGUUUGUUCAAAUAAUUAUGUGCCCCAUCUCAAAGCAAAUUUUCGGGGCCAGGAGACACAGAGUCAUUUGGACAACCUAAUAGUAGAUUGGUUAUUAUAUUGUAGUAGAUGGUUGAUCAUUGACUAUUGCUAUCUUAUAGCAGUAGCAGUAGAUUUUGACUUAAAAAACGCAAAAACUUUGUUUACAAACCCAACUUUUUAUUUAUUUUUCAUGAUUUUCAUUUUCAACAAAUUUAGGCUUCCUCAUAUUUUUUAUGAUAACUACUGUACGUCAUACUGUAACUUCUCAAAAUUUAGCGGCAACAUAGCUACUAAUAUACUAAAUUAAUGCGUGUUACAAAAAUCUUAAAAAACGCAAAAACUUUCUUUACAGUCAUUUUUUUUCUCUUGCACCCAAGCGGAUUCAAACCCGGCUGACAUUUUUAUUCAUAACUACUACAGUUCUUACUGUAAUUUUAUGAAACUGUGUCAUAAUAUAAUGUAUACUAUUGUUAAUCUUUUCAUAUUCCUCAAAUUUUACAAGACUGGCAAAAACUGCCUUUACACCCUUAUUUUUGUCCCAUGAACGCAUACGGAUUCGAACCAAAAUGACUUUUUAGAUUCAUAACUACUGUAGUUCUUACUGUAACUUUUGAAAUGUUGGCAUAGAGGAACUAAAAGUAAAUCAUAAAAAACUAAAAAUUUUCAAAAACUCAGCAAGAACUUUCUUUAAAUCUCAAUUUUUGUCUCUUGCAGCCAAGCGGAUUCGAACCCUGCUGAUCUUUUAGAUUAACUACUGUAGUUCUUAUUGUAAUUUUUUGAAAAUUUAACAAAAUUACAUUGCCAGUGUUGUAAUAGAUUUAUAUUUUUCAAACUUAAGCAAGAACUUUCUUUACAGCCUUAAACUUUUGCCAAAAUUUCUCACCUCGAACUUUUUGCAAAAACUUUCUUUCCAGGCGAAUUUUCAUCCGACGGUGUGUCGAAUGGUGAAUUCUCGCUCUACAUUGGUCGAUUUUCGUAUUACGUGCGCAAAGGCAACGACAAAUAUCAAGGACCGGACAAGUUCAAGCCCGCUGUCAAAGAGCUUGCCGCCGGCUACACUGGUCCGGCCGUCUUCUACGCUUUCGAGGAAGGAGGCAAGAGCAAAGCCAUUGACUAUUUGAAUAACAAAGUGACAGAAAAAGACCCAUCGGACACCAGGAAAUUGCAGGAUUGGGCUAGGGAUGUGGCACCAUUUGAAUGA